AUGCAGGCCGUCGCAGAGCACUCGCAGGGACACCUCCUGCACGCCCAGCCUCACCCGUCGCAGCGCAUGCCCUCGCCCGCACACGCUCACCCACCGCCUGCGCUGCCCGUCACCCCCUCAUCACAACAACAACCCGCUCCCGCGCAGACAACCGAGGGCGAUGCCGCAGACGGGCAGAGGGAGAGCCAGGCGGGACCGGCGGCGAAGAAGCAGCCCACAAAGCUCUUCAGGUGCAACGGGUUCGGCGAUUGCCAGAUGACCUUUUCCCGCUCCGAACACCUCGCACGGCAUGUUCGAAAACACACGGGCGAACGGCCGUUCCAGUGCCAUUGCGGCCGCUCCUUCUCCCGCCUCGACAACGUCCGCCAACAUGCCUCGACCGUCCACGCCGACCAGCAGGAGAAGAACCAAGAGACGAUCGCACACCUCGUCUCGCUGCACAACCAGCUCUCGGCCUCGACCGUCGCCAAGCAGAAAGAGGCCGGCAUGAUUGUCCACGACCAGAACGUCGAGUCGCGGCCGAAGAGGAAGCCUGCUGAGACGACGGCUGGAGGCGAGACGAAGCCGAAAAAGAGCGCAGGAGGGAAGAAGAAGGGCUCAGCCGCGCAGAAGGCCAAGGAGCAGGCGGACGCGGUGGCCGAACUGGGCCAGCAGAUCGCGGGCGACUUGGACCGCGUCGCGAAUCAGGCGCCGCCGCCGCUUCCGAACCCUCCGCCGCAGUCUGUCUCGCCCUUCGGAGCGCCCGUCGACUCUGCGCCGCGAGACUCGCCGCGCGACGCUCCCCAGCCUAUUCCGCCGCCCGGUCCCGCCAACUAUCCCUACGCUGCUCCGCCUCAGUACCCUCCCUCGCAGUACCCGUCGUCGAACUACAACCCCUCGAACUCAUACUACGGCGCGCCGGUCCACCACCAGCAGAUCUACGGCGCGAUGGGUCCUCCGCCGGGAAAUGGAGGGAUGCAAGCAGGCGGCGGAUACGCAGGGAUGGACUUUUACGGCGCAGGAUACCCUCCUCAAGCCGGUCCUUCGUCUGUCUCGUCGGCCACACAAGGUCCGCCUUACUAUUCCGUCUCGCCGCUCCCUCCGCCUCCGCCUCCGCAACACGACCGCGCACGCUACCCCUCCAACGUCCCCACCUCGCUUCCCUACCCUCCUGUACCUCCUCAACCCGCUCAAGCGCAAGCGCAAGCAGACGCCGGCGCCUUGACGCCCAACAAGAUCUCCCUCCCGAGCAUCUCGGCUCUCCUACCCGCUCCUUCGCCCGUCCAGCAAGGCCAGCGCGUCGAACCCGAUCCAAACACCCAGCAACAACAACAACAGCAACAGUCGUACUUUGUCGCGAGCGCGCCAGGCUCGAGACCGCCUUCGACGCUGGGGAUGCCGCCGCCUCCUCAGCCGCCGACACAUCACCAGCAGCACCAGCAUCACCAGCAGCAGCAGCACUAUGCGUAUCAUCAGCAACAUCAGCAGCAGGGAGAGAUGCAGCAUUACCAGCAGCAGAUGAUGCAAGUUUAUCCGGUCGACCCGUAUGCGAGGCCGGGGAGUACGACGGGAAGCGAGAGGGACGGGCCUCCUUCCUUGUCGAACGGCUCAACCUCGACCGCCUCAAGUUUCGCCAACGGCUCACCUCACCACCCUCACCUCCCCAUCCCGCCUUCAGCAGCCUCUCACUACUCUCACCUCUACGCCCCCGCGCCCUUCAGCUUACCUACGAACCCCACCGCCGGCCCUCCAGCAUACCACUACGCCCCUCCUCCGCCCUCUUCAGCUUCUUACUACGCUCCCCCGCCGCCGCAGGGGUAUCAAAUCCCCCCACAGCCUCCGUCGGCGUCGGGCGUUUAUCCGAAGUUUACGCUUCCGGCGCAGCCGGCGCAGGGGUUGUAUGCGGCUGGAGCGGGAGGAGGCUGGGCGGGUGCGGCUGGGCAGGGAGCGGCGGGUGGAGGAGCAGGAGGAGCGGCGCAGGCGCGAUAG